AUGUUGGAGUUGUACGCAACUUGUCUCUUAUUAAGCAAGGACAAGAAUGCUUUCAUAAGAAAAAUUGCAGCUUUUCCAAACCACCCUCUGGUGUCGAUUGAGAUAGAAAUCGACUCGGAACCACCUUUCAAUCCCGAAAAGCUAACGGAAGUGAUCAAUCUGGGCUGUCACGCGUUCGUUAUGGAUGAAGAGUUGGCCGGAGUUUUUCUCGAUGCAUUCAUUCGCAGCCAUGACUUGGCCAUGUUUCGCAAUCCGAACAAAACGGUCAUUGUGCUGCGGGAUCCGGAGGCUCAAGUGGAUGGUGCGGUAUUUUUGGAGGAUAUCUGCAGACAUCCAGCGUUAAGGGAUAUUGUGCGAUUUCUAGUGGUGAAUCCUGCCGGGGACCGGAUUAACCUGUGGACUCAUCGAUACGUGUCCUCUGCAGAGGAAGCAAAGGAGUUGGUCUUUCUGGACAGUUAUUAUCUGGAGAAUGGGUCAUUUGCGCUUGGGAAUGAGUUGUUCCCAGAUAAAACAACUAAUUUGGCUCGAAAGUUGUUCAAACUGGCGAGUUUCCGACUAAUUCCUCAUUUUAUCUAUACGCCGAUUGAGAGUAGUCAAUGGUUGGCCACAUUCAAGAACCAAACUGUGAAGGUCGAUGGAAUGGGAGGUUUGGUGAUGGUAGAGUUUUGCAUGAAGUUCAACUGUACUUGGGAUUUGUCAAUUGAUCAAGCCGGUGAAUGGGGUAUGGUCUACGAUAACUGGACGGGGGACGGAAUUAUGGGAGCCGUUGCCGAACGUCGAGCAGAUGUUGGGAUAGGAUCGCUGCUAACCUGGGUUAGUGCUCAUCGAUUUUUUGGCUUCACAGCCACGAUUCGUAAGGUUGGAAUCGGCUGUUUCGUUCCAAGACCACGGAUGAUCCCAUCGUGGCAAACCGUUGCACUGGCGUUCAGUCCGAGUGUCUGGCUUUGCAGUGUGCUUAGUGUGGCUUGCUGUAUCGGGAUGUACAGCUUCCUUUCACACCAUGAUCCAUCUCCCAACGCCGAACGAAGGAGUUUUGGAUGGAAUGCAAUGAAUGUGGUGGCUAUUUUUCUGUUCAACGGGGCAAAGAUUCUGUACGGAUCCAUGUCGGAGUGCAUACUUUCCAUUGCACUGGUCGUGUUCACCAUCAAUCUUGGAAACAUUUACAUCGGGAAGAAUGCCAGUUUGAGGGCAUUUCCACUGUUUGAGCCUCCGAUCGAUACUGUGGAGGACAUAGCCAACAAGGACUUGAUCUGGGUUCAAACCCAUGAAGCUUGGGUUCACUCUUUAUUGCUUACGCAGAAUCCCUACCUAAUGAAGGUUGCAGAAAACUUUAGGAUUUAUUCGAUUCCAGAGUUGAAUGCAUUGGCUGACCAAGGUGAUGUUGGGUUUGCCGUGAGCAAGCUAAACUACGGGCAUUUUAUGAUCGGAACCUUUAUAACUUCAAAAAACGUCAUGCAGUAUCGGAUGAUGUCGGAAGAUCUUUACUUCGAGUAUGAAGUGUCGAUGACAACCAAGACGUGGCCUUUGAAGGACGUGUUGUCGGAUUUGAUUCUGAGAAUUGUGGCGUCCGGUGUUCGUGCGUACCAGGAAGCGGUCGUUGCCAAACGGUACAUGGACUAUGGGGUACAGACAAAGAUCUUUCACUCGCAGGACCAGGAGGGAAGUUUGCCGCAUCCGAUGAGAUGUGAGGACUUGCUGGCUGCUUUUAUGGUUUUGGGGGCUGGAAUAUUGCUGUCGAUUGUUGCCUUCUUGGGAGAGAUUUUAAGGGUUAGGUAUGAGAAAUAUGCGAUUUCCUUGAAAGGACCUGUUGUAAUUUGAAUGAACUUCUCAGGUUUGAGGA